AUGUCGGAUGAUGACUCGCACACUGCCAGUAAAAUACCUCCAGAUGUUUUCAAAACGCCGAAUUUCCACGACCCAGCUCUCCGAAAGUCCGAAGUCAUAACCUGGCUCAAUUACAAAUGGCACAACAAAAUGUACCCAGAUUUUCAACCACCGAUUCUUCCUCAAGCACAAUCUUAUCUAAACGAUCCUAUGGGACCGAUAAUGAGAUAUUACAUGACCGAGCAUUGCGGGGUCAAAGCUGGUAUCGCCGGAGGAAUGGGAUACUUGCUCGGUUGCGUGAUGGGUCUCUUCCUUUACGGUGGACAGGCUGAUAUGAACAUGGCAACUGGAACUGUGGGAGAACAGCCGAAGGGUUUGAGAGCCGAGUGGCGAAUGAUGAAGGGUGCAAUGCAUCGAUCGGGCAAAAACUUUGGCCUCAUUGGUGGCAUGUUUGCUGGAACUGAAUGCCUUCUUGAUGGCUAUCGAGGAUGGCAUGACUGGACCUCAUCCCCAACGACUGGGUUUAUCGUCGGUGGAGUAAUGGGACUACGAGUUGGAGUCAAACCUGGUCUUUAUGGAGGACUAGGCUUUGCUGCGUUUUCUUAUUUGAUUGAUAGAUUCAUGGGAUUCCACUAA